AUGAAAGAAAUAUCAGUGGUGGUCUUCAGUACAUUGGUCGGCAUAGUGGCCUCGCAAACCACUCUCGACGCUUCCAAAUGCAUUCCAGGAAGCGGAGUGACCGAAUUCACGAAUUGCAACGCUCUAUACGCUAAUAUUGACAUAUGCAACGCGACAAGCACCGAGACGGAUUUGAUCAAUUGCUUUUGCAAGCAGUCCCUAUUCAACGAGAUCUUCGAUUGCGAAAGCGAGCAGCGUCUCUGCUACGGCAACGGAGCUCUCGACAACGAUGCGGAGGAUCUCGCCAACACGUGGCACAGUGCUUGCGACAAGCAUAUCAGCUUCGCGCCCACCACACCGGUGGUUUCGUCAAUCACAGCCUCGUACGACGCGAACGUAUGCACCACGUUCGCAGACGCAUGCGUCAGCGCCUCAGCAGCUCUACAGAGCUGCCAGACUGCGUAUUCGUCCGUCGCAGACAAAUCUUCGUGCCUGUGCGGAGCGGACGUGCAGGCCUUGGGGUACACGUGUGGGUACUUGGGCAAUGUUACAUGCAAGAGGACAACCGCGGCGACGGAGAACCUGCCCGGCUUCGGGUUCUGCAGUAACUUCGACCAGGUGAUGGGGAGUCUUCUGGUGAGUGUUGCAAAGUUUGUUCAAGCGCCGUAUGUGGCAGGCCAGUGGUGCUCACGGGAGGAACCAGGCGGAAGCGUCAACAACGUCUUCGGUACUGACCACCCCGCUCGUGACAAGUUCUUUGACCGGUUCGGUCACGGUCGUAAGGCCCACGGCUACGUCCACGUCCUCUACUGCGUCCAGCACUACCUCUUCGGCAGCGACGUGUGCAUAUGCGCGCUCUGGGCAUGCGCUUCCACUGCUCAGCUUUGUUUUAUGGGUCUACUUGUGGUGAACCUGCAGUCUUCAAAAGGGGCCUGUUCGGACGUGCCCGGCUUUCGUUGUUAA